GUGGCGGCGGUUUCUGGAGUUGGAAGGCAAAGUAUGAGCGACCCUUGUCCCUAGAACGAGUCUCGGCGGUCGUCGCUCGGGGCGGCCUAGAACGUGAGCGUCCCCGGUCAGGGGUGGUGACUCGGAGUCUGUCGCGACCUCAGGGCGGAACUGCAUAAGGAGAUUGAAGGCCCUACGGCGGAGUGAACCUGAAGGCGGUUUCCUCGGAGAGCUGCACCGGGCGGCCCAUCAAGAAAGGCUAUAGUCCCGAGGGGAGUGCCUGCGAGAGCUCUCCGUCCUCAUUCUUUCUGAGCCCCGCGGAGAGUGACAGGAGCGAUGGAUUCCUGGGUGCGAUUCAGUGCCCAAAGCCAAGCCAAGGAGCGGGUGUUCAGGGCUGCCCAGUAUGCCUGCACACUGCUUGGCUACACACUACAGAAGAAUGGGGCCAGCCCUGAUUUCCUUGCUCAGAUCAAGCAGUUGGAAGCUCACAUGAGUUUGGGACGCAAAUUGUUCCGGCUGGGGAAUUCUGCCGAUGCCCUGGAAGCAGCCAAACGAGCCAUUCACCUGUCGGACAUGGUCCUUCGGUUCUGCAUCACUGUGGGCCACCUGAACAGAGCCAUGUACUUUGCCUGUGACAAUAUCCUGUGGGCUGGGAAAUCAGGCCUUGUCCCACACAUGGACCAGGAGAAAUGGAGCCAGAGAUCAUUCAGAUACUACCUCUUUGCACUGAUACUGAACCUAAGCCGGGACGCCUAUGAAAUCCGGUUGCUGAUGGAGCGCGAGGUGAACGGGAAGUGCCAAAAGGGGGCCAGCGGGGACAACAGCUGCGCCCCCAGGGAGGAGGGCAAGCUCCAGCAAGUGGCAUUGAGACUGAAGCUGCAGCUCCGCCUCCUCGUGCACGUGCUGAGGAGCAACCCGCCUCUGCUCUUGGACCUGGCGAAAAACGCCUGUGAUGUUUUCAUCCCGCUUGACAGGCUGGGCCUGUACAAGACCGGCCCGGGCUUUGUGGGCCUCUGCGGCCUGACGUCUUCGGUCCUCUCCAUCCUCACUAUUGUUCACCCGUGGCUGAAGCUGAAGCCCUGAAAAGGUGUAGGAGGCAAGGGCCAGCUGGUUUCCACGGAGACAGCAGCAUCCUUCACAGUGUUCUGGUUCAGCAGCUGGCUGUGCUGACGAGCUGAGGGCAUCACCCAGCCCGCGGCUAUUGUGGUGGCUCCAGGACUUGGACCUGUUCUUCUCCCAGACACUCUUUUGCACUCUUUUAAGUGGCAGAUAACAGCUUCGUCGCCAGACUUCUUGGAAUGGCAUACCACAGCCCACCUAUACAGAUUAUCCUUCACUCACAUUCUUUUAUCUGAAUCCCCCCCCACCUUGUUCCAGCUCAGGAAUGGCCCUUCUUACUCCACAGUAGUCCUUCUCACAAAUCCCCCGCCCCUUCAUCUGUCUUUUUAAAACCAAGCUUAGAGCUCAUGGGUCAGCCUCCCACAUCUUGUGGGAAUGUAUUCCUCAUUUCCAGGCAGCCGUAUCAGGGAAGGUGGCUGGAGCAAGAGCCCUUGUUCCUGUUUUCCAGGCCCAACUAGAAGAAGGCGAAUAUAAUAAUAGACUCAGGGUCAAGCCUCACCGGAUAGUAGGCCUACCUGCGUUCCUUGUAGCCCUGGCAGCCACACAGUGAGGACCGGCCUGGGGUAUUCUCUGUCCUCUGCUUGCUGUUCCAGAGACUGAUGGGGAGCAGCCUCACUGGAACUGAAGAAUAAGCAGUUGCUUAGCAAGCUAGGCUGAUCUACUCCUCAGAGAGAAAGCUCUGAAGGCCAGAAUCCUGCUGUGUUUGGUGUCCCUCAAAAUGCUUGGAGAUUCUUAUCCGCGCCUUCAUCUUCCACCGUCUCUCCAUUCUUUCCUUCCCUUUUCACUCUUGAUUGUAAGAAUUCCUCACUUCCCACCCACCCGCUCACUUUUUUUCCUUGCCACGAACAGGACCUUUAGAGUCUUGUCAGUGAGCCAAGCGUCUGGAUCUAAACGUAACCAUUCCCUUCCCCCACUUCUAAUAACUUUUUAAUAGUUUGACAUCUUACUUUGGUUCUUCCCUCACCUCCCUUAAAUUCUGAGCCGGGGGCUGCUGAGGUUUUUUCCCCCUGCACCUUGUGAUUUCCACACCAAAUGCGGUUUCACACUCAAAUCUUGAGGUGGGGGGUGGAUCUUGUUUUCAGAGCGGCUUAGUCCUCAUUGCUUUGUUUUGUCCCUCUCCAAAGAGGGCUCCUGUCAGACUGGAGAAUUUUGGCCAGAGCAACUUCUCAUUUCGCUGUGAUCCAUCGCAGUGAUGAGCUGACCACGUUUCAGUGUCACUCCCAAAGAAGGCAAGGAAUCCUCUUGAAUUUGGUAAUCUUGUUUUUUAUAAUACCGUCUAUCUGCCACCCCCUUCCCCUCUUUCUUUAUAGUUGCACAACAGGCAGGCAGAAGUUCGACAUAUGCACUGCUUCUCUCUUCAUGGUCUCUCUCCUGGGGAGAGCUGCACGGUUUGACUGCCUACCUCCUGUGCAACAGCUGUGGAUGCAUAGUUUUCAGGGUGGCCAACCUGUGUAUGGCUGUCUCCUUUUGAGGGUUUAGGCAGGCACUCGCUUAACUGACAACUCUCUUUAAAUAAAUCAGCUGCCUAUGGAGAACUAGUGUGCUGGGAGAAAGGAUCUGGUAGCUUCUCCCUGACAAGCCAGCUUUCUUUGGGCAAGGAGUAGUUCUCAAUGGAGGACUCUGAACAGUCCACAGCAGUCAGUCAGGCGCCCUACUGAGACAUGGGCCUAUGCCAGAGAUGGAAAGCUGGUUCCCCUCCUCCCCGCCCCUUGCCCCCCACCAUGGUUCAGCCAGGCUUUCUACAGUGCAAUCCUAAACAGAAUUAGUAAACCAGUUCUAAACUGGCCUAAGCCAAUUAAUUUCAGUUGGUUUUGAAAGGUAUAACUCUGCUUAGGAUAGCCCCAACAGUCUCUUGGGCGGUGAGCUUUUACUUUUGUCCUCAGAUCCCAUUUCUGGACUCAUCCUUAGUGCCUGCUAACCCCCCCCCCCCCCCCCCCCCCAACUUUAGCUGCUAGCACCAUUCAUCUGCUGAAUAAUUAACUUUUCUUUGCUGUGUUGUGACUGAGUACCUUACCUUGGAAAAGGCAGCACCCUCUUCUUUUAACCAUUCGUUCUCCCUCAGAUCCUCUCCUGCACCUGUACUCCCUUGUAAGAUUAUUGAAUAAACACAGUUGAUAAUUUUGA